CUUGAUGAUGAUGAUGAUGAUGAUGUAACAUGUUUCUUUUGUCUUAUACUACUGUAACACUGUUUAAUAUCUAUUGAAAUUUUUGUGGUGUUAAACUGUUUAAUUUAAAAUGAUGCAUUAAGAGGCUAUAUUAGUGGCAGUACUGAAUAAUGCAGCCUUUACAUGGUGUUUAUUUGCACUAUUGUGAAGCUUAAUACAUGAUGUCUGAAACUUAAAUGUAUCUACAUUCAUGAUAAAGUUGUUGAGCUUCUUGAGUUUGAUUUUUAAGUUAUCAGAUUCAAAGUAUUGUGAUUGAAGCAUGAGUUGAUAGUUGUUAGUUGUUUUCAUGGAUGCUCAGAGUUCCAUGUAGAAUCGGCAGUUGCCAAACACCGGUGGAGGUGAUGGCCUGCGCGAGUGAAUUCCUCCCCGAGUUUGUGGUGAAUGCCCUUCUCUAUCCGGGAGCAGUUAAGCGGGCUCUGAUGAAGGGCGCAGCCGUGCCAAGCCCUGAUCAACUGCUGCAUCCUUACAAGUUUAAGAAAGGGAAAAAAACUGAUCUCAGACAGUUGGAGGUUAUUGUAGGCAGCUACCUGUGUGUCGCGGGGGCUUUUGUAGGGCUUCUAAGGCGCGGGAGAAUGAGUUACCUCGGCUUAACCCUCAUCCUACGGGGCAUCGCGAGGGAAAUGUUUUUUGGUGGGAAACAUGCUACUAAAGCUCCUUGCUUAUUUCCACAGAUGAUAAUCACUAUGGUUAUCGCCUUCUUCUCUAUGAGACGGGAUGUCAGAAAGCUUCUCAAGUGUUGCAUUCCCGACUGCGUUGCUAAACGCCUCAAGAAUCGCUCCAAAGCCAAAUACAGUUGAGUUUGUGUUUUGGUUCAAAACUGCUCAUUUUGCUCUGUUUUUGGCAGAAUAUAUGCAUAGGAUAUUUUUCUGUGUAUUUUCAGGGUAGAGAGUAUGUGAUAUCAGCAAAUUCUUGG